CCUCGGCGAUUCCGUUUUCCGCGUCCAUCCGCGCGCCCGGCCCUUCGCGCGGCCAUGGGUAUUCUGCGGUCGGCUCUGCUAGGCGCCGGCGACGCCGCCGCCGGCGCCGCCUCCGCCGGCUGUUGGACGCUGCGCGGCCGCGGAGGCUCCAAGACGCCCGCCGCGAAGCCGUACUCGCCCCCGCGCUGGACGCCGCUCGGCUUCGACGCCCAGCCGCCCGCGUCGCCCGCCUCGCCCGCCACGCCCCGCAGGAGGACCGUGUCCGCGGGCGGCGGCGGCGGUGGCAGGCGGACCCGCGGCUUUCGCCGGCACGUGCUCAGGACUAUUAGAGAUGCUUCGCGUAUCUUGAAUCAGCUUGGCGUAUACCACGUGCUCUACUACGACCUGGCCACCAACAUCGAAUACGCGCUGCAGGCGCUGGAGCUGCGCGGCGUGAGGCCCGACCACUUCCAGCUGUGGGCCAAGACGGCGCGCGACGAGGCGCCCUACCCGCUGGUGGGCCACGAGCGGCCCUUCGCCAUCAAGCUGUCCUGCCUGCGCGACGCCCUCGCCACCGACGAGGGCUUCGACCUCGACCACUGCAACUCGCCGCGCGGCCCGCUCUUCGCGCACUGCCAGUUCAUCCUCAGGAGCAAGAGGAAAGCAUCAGAUGCUGGAGCAGCUCUGGAUGGCAAGAAGUCCGGAGGCUUGGGCAAGAAGAGCCGCAAGUCACCAAUGCGCAUCCGGCAAGUGUUCAGACGCUCGGCAAGCAAGGAUAAUGUAGACGGAGCAGUGCCAGGCAAUCCUACAAGUUCACCCCCUGGUGCUCUGUUUGGGAUUCCGUUGUCCCGGCUCAUUGUUGGAGACACACCUCCUAGACCAGUAAUGGCAAUGCUGCAGCAAGUGGCAGAGCAAGGACCUUCAACCCAGGGCAUCUUCCGACGUUCUGCGAACGCUCGACUCGUAAGAGAGCUUCGUGAUCGCCUGGAUGCAGGUGGUGACAACGCAACGCGUGCUCUUGAAGGAGUACCUGUGCUGGUUACAGCAGCGCUGCUGAAGGACUUUCUUCGGUCGCUGCCCGACCCCCUAUUGUGUGCUCGACUAUAUCCUCUCUGGAUGGAAGCUUUGGAUUGUCCUGAUGAACAGGAACGUCUCGCAAGAGUUAAAAGUGUUUUGGAUCAGCUGCCUCGUACCCACCUGGUACUCCUGCAGCUGUUCAUGUGUGUUUUACACCUGGUUGCGCGGCGUGCCCAACACAAUCUGAUGACGCCUGCCAACCUGGGUGUCUGCGUUGGGCCGAGUCUCCUGCGCCCGCCGCCAGGCGCCGCGCCUCCUGCUCCGCUCUCGUCUGCCGCGUCGCGAGCAGUGCCUGCUCUCGUAGAGUUGCUUGUAGCGAGGUGCGAACUUCUCUUGGGUCCCCAUGUCCCUCACCUGCUGGGACACGAUGGUUCGCCUACUGCCAACGCGCCCGGUGCUGGAGGACCAGGCAACGGUACAGGGUCUGCACCCAAUGGUACUGGGCCGUCCGAUGUUGCUAGAGGGGACAGCGGUGCUGAAGAAUCCGAUAGUCUACAUUCAAGUGGCCUCAGGAGGGACGAUUCCUCCAUUGACUCUCUCGAGAGGGAACUCCUUGAGCCCGGCCAUCUACCUCCGCCCCGCAAAGACAAGAUGUCGCUGAGUCGUGACUCUGGGCUCACGAUGAGCGACUCGCAAUUAUACACUCCUGACGAGGAGGAAUCAAGCUCGAGCAGCUCGGCCGGUUCUGGUCGAGGACUCUACCCUCCCCCGCAGGCCAGCCAACCUCUGUCCUCGACGGGGAACCUCUCCGGGCAGCCUCAGACCUACGAGUUGCAUCCCCAUGCAAAGGUGACAUCAUCAUAUUCUGUGCCAAAUUCCGGUUGCGACCCAUCUAAUGGCUUGGGUAUCAGCAGCGGACCACGCGAAUAUGUCCGUGUGUACGGUGGGUGGGAGGAGCGUGUUGCUGAUUGCUGCCGAGAAGACUCUGUGUACGCGAGGCCCUCGCGGUUACUCCAGCAAGCCCAACAGCAGCAGCAGCAGAACCAGCACCAGCCCUUGAACCCGAAUUUCCAGCGCGAGCAUUGGUUUCGGCAGAGGUCGCAUCUGAAACGGGUGUCCUCCGGCGGCUCCGGUGGGAAAGCAGGUUCAGCGUGUGUUGUGUGUCAGUUCCGCGUGAGCGCGCGGCAGUCCGCGCCCCCCUCGGCCUGGGCUCGUCGGCGGCUCCAGCUCGGGCUCCGCGUCGUCGGGCGUGGCGGCUGCACUCUACCCACGCGCCACUCGCACGCGGUGCUGCGCGCUCGGCCUCGGAGAGAGCCUGCUGAAGCGACGCCGCGGCGGCGGCGGCUGCGGCCGACGGCUGCACAAGCGGCCGGCGUUGCACCGCAAGUGGCCGCGCCCCGCCGCCCCCCGCCGCCCGGCGACGACCGGCGCAGCGCACGCCCGCGCGUGUACCCGGUGACGCCGCUGCUGCGCUCCAAGUCGGCGCACCAACCUGCCCGACGCGGGCCGCGGACGCCGUGGGGUCGCCGUGCCCGCGGCGCGGCCUGGCGGCUCGCGUGGAGAGAGCGCGUACGGCGCGCCACCGAGCUGCUGCGGCGCGGCGCCCGUCAGCAUCCGCGAGGACCGGCCCCCGCCGCCGGCGGCGACGCGCCGCGCCGCCCGCUGCCCCCCAAGCGCCGCACCCCGACGUGCGGCUGCCACCUGCCCCCGGUUGCACGUGACGCGGCCGCGCGCCCGUCAGCUGCUAAAACGACGACGCUGGGAGGCGGCGAGAAGCGCGCGCGCCGAGCGACGCGGGCGCUGCGCAGCGCGACCGCUCCCGCGCGUCGCAGCGCUCAAAGUCGCUCCCGCCGCCCCCCGGCGCGGACGGCGCCCCCACCCCGCCCCCGCGACGGCCCCCGCACCCCCGCGGACCGGUCCGCGUCGCCCGGGCUGCGAGGGGAGCUGUCGUGGAGCGUGCGCCACCUGCGCUCGCUCUUCUCGGGCGGGCAGCAGCCGCCCCCGUACCGCCCGCCGCCCAGCGUCAUCCCCAGCUACCGCGCGCCCAUCACCAGCUACCACCUGGGCAGCCACAGCCCGUCCGAGCGCUUCGUGCACAGCCAGCAGCAGCAGCAGCAGCAGCAGCAGCGGCUGGUGCUGGAGCUGGGGCCGUCCUCCAGGAGGCUCCGGAUGGACUCGACGGACGAGGAGGAGUCGUACGUGUGA